CUUUGCUCAAUUUAAACCGUGCGCUCUACAGUCAGUAUCCGAUUAACAUCCUCUGUUUAUCGAGGCUUGAAGUCAACGCGUAGAAGAAAACCCUUUAACGGAAUGAGCAGGAUUUGCAACACAAAGUUGUGAUCUGCAAAGGACAAGAGGCGACGAUUGAAUUUUCUCUAUCCAAAGUGUCCCUCCCCAGGUGUGUGCCUCCCACCCCACGCCCCACCACGGCCCUCACCUGUGUGUUGCGGUGCUUCCCCUGCGAGCCGUCCUGGGCCGGCAGCCCCUUCCUGCACCGCCCCCAUACUUCGCCCAGCAACAGCAACGCCGUCGCCCCUGAAACCGCCGCUGUCUCCCAGGCAACUGUCAUCAUGACGCGCUCCAAGACCUUCCAGGCCUACCUGCCCAACUGCCACCGUACCUACAGCUGCAUCCACUGUCGAGCUCACCUGGCCAACCAUGACGAGCUCAUCUCCAAGUCCUUCCAAGGAAGUCAAGGUCGAGCUUACCUCUUCAACUCAGUGGUGAACGUGGGGUGUGGACCAGCAGAAGAGAGGGUUCUGUUGACAGGGCUUCACGCGGUGGCUGAUAUCUACUGUGAAAACUGUAAGACCACGCUGGGCUGGAAAUACGAGCAUGCCUUUGAGAGCAGUCAGAAGUACAAGGAGGGGAAGUUCAUUAUCGAGCUGGCCCACAUGAUCAAGGACAAUGGCUGGGACUGAGGGGGCUUACCUAACCCCUAAGGUUUACUGCUAGCUCAUCCACAUGGCCCUAUUCACCUGAGACACAGCUCAUGUACUCCCACAAUACACAGGUGUAAUGGUGUGUGUGCGCGAGUGUGCGUGCAUGUGUGUUUACCAGUCUAAAGCAUAUACAGAUAUGCACAAACACACACACACAGUUGCACAGAGACGUGUGUUUGUAUUCACUCUGCAUGCUGAAGCUUUUCCAGGCCUCAGGGUGGACAGGAGCCCACAGGUUAAGGGUUAUAGGUCAUAGGUUAUGGUCUCUCUGGGGGAUGAAUGAGAUGAACAAUGACCAUGGUAAUGGACAGACAAGAAUGGACCCCUCCAACCCCCCAAGACCCACUAACCCUACAAUGAGGUGAAAUUCUGUUCAACAUUCCGUUUUUUACCUGCAAUCACCCUCACUACCCUACAUGGAUCCUUCCACAUGAAUGCAUUUUUUGGUUACUAUGUUUCAAUGGACUCCAUUGAAUUAGGAAUUAGAAUCAUUGUAUAGGAUCUCUAUGAUGGGCAGACUCAUGGAAGACACCAACCAACCAGAAUCACCAGACUUCUUGAAGCCUGAAAUCGUCCAAAACUCCUUUCAACCAAAUCAGCACCUUAUUGUUCGGGAUCGAGUUUGAAACAGAUUGUCAUAAAUCUAAUACUGCUUGAUUGUUCAUCUGAAAAAAAAAUAUUUGCUGUUCUUAAUUUUUUUAUUCGAGCAUGUGUUUAAGCUAUGGAUAUAUUUGUUAAUUUAUUUGGUAUUGUUUGGGGACAAUCCCCUUUUCCCCCCUUGUUAAAACGUAGCUUUGUUGGUUCCCCCCUCACUUCCAAUGGUAGCAAUCUUAAAAAGGAGGUGUCAUUCAAGUUGUCAUCCCUUUGCCGAUCUGAGUGUGCUAUUACCACCCUCUGUGAAUGUUUUAGUAAUGGCAGUGUGUGAGAGGAACCCAGAUUGCACAAGGUUUACAUGUCAACUGGGUAAAGAGACCGGGGGUAAAAAUGUAGCACCCGUAGAUCUUUUCAGUCUCAAAGCAAUGCAGACAUGAAGGUGGUGCAAACUGAUGAGGAAAUUAGGCAUGUGAAGUGCCCCUUUCCUAGACGCUGAUCUGAAGUCAGUGUUGUGUCACCCCCCAUACCCCCAGAGGUUACGGUUAGAAUAUGGAGAGGGAAAGCUGAUCCUAGAGCUGCAACUUCUAACACGCACCUCACAGAGACUGAUGGUUGUGAACUGGUGGUUCUCUGUUUACCUGGGUCUGCAUCCUCCACUGCCUCCUUGCUUUGUUUUGUUGUUGAUUUUAUAAGAUUUGAGAAUUACAACAUUUAAAAUGGACUUUCUACAGUCUGGAACAGGAGAACCAAUCGAAAGCCACAGAAUACCCAAUCAGAGGGUGUCACUCAUCCCAGCACAACAACCAAAGACUCCCAUCAACAAUAAGUUGACCAAACAAUGGACCUUGCGAUUGAUUGCUAGUAUCAGGAAGUUGCCGAAUGAAAGAUUGUGAUUGGCCGAGAGCCACUGUCGAACCUUGGCCUUUCUCUGUGAGAUAAUGCAUUGUUUGGUUGCGACAAUUACAAUGUUAAUACCUGUAUAUUCACUAUGAACAUGUGCAUUAUUAUGUAACGAUAAACAGUAUUACACCAUGUAAAUAGCCAUAUUCAAUGUUUUAUUUAUUCAAUUGAUGAUUAUUUUAGUCUAUGCUCUGCUGUCUGUCUUGGGGCCCCUUGGACAGUUAGAUUUCCUACUUUUUUACUAUUUGGAGAGAGAAAAAAAAAAGAAAAAAAGUAUUUUGCAAAGGAAGGAAAAUUGAUGGCAAUAUACAGUAUGGAGACUCAAUAAAGAUUCUCAUUUGAUCGAUC